ACCCGGGUGCUUUGUGAUCGAGAAAAGCCUCGUCAGCUGUGUCAAGUAGCCCAAGAAGCGGACACUCAACAAACCAUAAAUGGCCAUAAUAAUAAUGAACAGAAACAGGCCAAACAGAAAGUGCAAGUGCCCAACAGAACCUCAUCAUGGUGCGAUGCGUCGCUUUUCGGUGUAAAAACUUUGAAGGACAGUUUGAAGAGCCAGAGCGGCGAAGAUCAUGGCACAAGUUUCCCAGCCGAACGAAAAACCUGGGCAGGUUCAAUGCCUGGAUUCGAGCCAUUCAAAGACCUCAGUGGAUGCCUUCAUCCCGCUCCCGUCUAUGCUCGGACCAUUUCGAGGCCCACUUAUUCUACAACGGAAAACGAGGCAGGUUCCUGAAGAAAUCGGCCGUCCCAAGUAUCUUAAACGUGCCUCCGGAAUCUCGGACCAUUGCGGCGGGACCAACGCUAACACGUUCAUGUGAACAUCUGCGAUCUUCAGUAGAGAAUAAGGAUUCAGUAAAUCAGGCCGAGUCGGAGGAUACGGUGCCCAAUGACCUUGUCAAAAAUCAUCAAAUUGCUCUUGAUCACUCUUAUGGCUUGGUGGACGAUCCCUUUUGGCUACGUCCCAAGCUUAAAUCCCUGACAUCUCUCCUACACGAUCGUGAAGAGGAGCUUCAGAUUGCCCGGGAUCACCUUCAAAAAGUGUACGAGCGAGAAUAUCGAGAGAAAGAGGUUUUAGCAACAUGGGAGCGAACCACUCUGAGAUUGCAGUCCAAGGUCAAGAAGCAAGCCGGACGCAUUGCUACUCUCAAAAGGAAGCUCAAAAAUGUUAGGCGAAGUAAAACUACGAUGAAAUCUAAAAACGAAAAACUACAAACCUUGUUAUUGCGGUUCUUGACAAAUGCGGAUAAGAGCAAAGUGAGCCGAAAGCAAUACCCACCCGAAUUGCGACGUUUUGCCUUGACUCUGUAUGGUUACUCGACGAAAAGCUAUUUAUAUGUGAGGGCUAAGUUUGCCAAAGGCCUGCCCGGACCCAGAACCAUUAGAAAAUGGAUGCGGAGUAUGAAAUGUGAGAAAGAAAAUCGUGACCAAGAUUUCCAUAUCGUCCGUUUCGACGCUUCUUCUGAGGUGGAGUAA